GCUGGACGUAGUGAUACGAAUAUCCAGAGCACAGCCCCGGAAGAGAAAACUGAGCCUUUUCGGAUGAGGUAAUCAACGUCAACACCUCCACACAAACAUCAACACCACUUUUUUGUACAGCUAUUACACCACCACCACGCCCGAUAUAUACAUAAAAAAAUGACGCGCUCGCGAUUUUUUGAGGCGUACGAUCGCCGGAAGGAUGCGGGGCAGAAGGUGUCAGAGGUGACGGAAACACUCAAUAUUCCACCCAGCACGGCAAAACGAUGGCUGCAGGAGAGGCAGCAAUACGGGGAUAUCGCAUACAGAAGAAGAGAGCUGAGAGACAUAAGACAGGAAGAAAAGGGCACCAAACAAGGCCCGGCUCCUGCGGUCUCCGAUGAGACUCUCUCCACCUUGCUAAGUCGCGAUAAACAGGUCAACCCAGUACGCAAUCGGAAGCUUAAUGUACAGCGGAAACACCACAAAAUACAGGCCUCUGUACGCUGCCUACGCAAUGCCUUACGUAUAAGAAGAAACGCCAGUAUUUACAAGGCAGCUACGUCCAAAAAGAUCACCUCCGCGCAAGCCUUAAAGCGCCAAACCUACGGCGCCACCCACCAAUAUAAGCCCUUAGAGGGCUUCUGGGACGGCGUCUUAUUUUGCGACGAGGCUCACUGCGACCCUGGCGACCUCCAACACCCUAAUAUACUGCGAGAAGAAGGCACCCGAUACGAGGAUAGCAAUAUAGUAACACAAGAGGGGAAACAGGGCAAUCAGGUCUACUUUGCGGC